AUGGCAUUGUUUCAACGAAAUCAAAUCGGUUUUAAAGAAGAGCAACAUGGUACUGUAACACCAGCCAAUGAUCUUGCUCGACUGAUGUAUUAUUUUAAUUGUGUAUGCUAUGUCAUUCAAUACAAUGAUUCUGAUGUUAGUCGACUUCGAAAUUGCCAUAAUUGGGCAUCUUUAUCGGCUGCAGAGAUUCGUCUUCUUCUUGCUCUCUGCUCGACGCUUUCGCCUGAUGUGUUUAACAACAAGGUGUUCUUUCAGUCGGAUGCUUUAUGUGGCAGCAACCAAAACAAAUUCUUUGAAAUAAGUCAAGUUAGUAAUCAGUUAUUAGCUGUCGAUUCCAUUAUCAUCGCUGGUCGACGAUAUCGAGUAAAUAAGAUUAUGACAUAUAGAAUGUCUUGGAUGUAUAAUAAUUAUAUAAAUCCAAUGCAACGAAUUGCACAACAACUAAAUACAAGAACUUCGAAUUCCUCUGCAUGUGUGAUCUCGUGA